AUGAACCGUUGGAUUUGUGCUUGUAUUAGGGUUGUUGACUCACGCGACUGCGGGCCUGGUGUCACAAGCCUGACUCCUCUUAAAUCCACAGCGAAGCAGCCGAAAUGCAGCUGCGAAAAAGCAGCACGCGAGUUUUCUCUCGAUACCUCCUUUCAAACACUCAUACCUGUCUCCGAUACCGAGAUGGCAUCUGAAUCAAAAUACUUGAACGACGUUGAGCGGGUGGCAGCCUGCGCUGCCAUGUCCGGCGAGGGCGUCGUCCUGAGGCUGGACCAUCCUGUGAGUCGCGCAGCCACUAUCCGCGGCAUUCGCAGUCACAUCGAAUACGCACAAAGUCCCGAGAUUACGGCCCUCUGCUCUUCAGAGAAUGCUCUUCGUAACCCGGACUUUGCCAGGGCGCGCAAUGCUCGCGUUAUCAUGAGCAACAUCAUUCCUACGCCAGAGGAGCUGGGCCUCGAGAGCCAUGUUGGCCUGGACGACCCAGAGCAUACGAGAGUUCCGUACUGCAUCUGGCAUCCCGAAUUCGCAACCGAGGACACAUACCAUGCUUUGGCUGCGCGGUACCCCGCCAUGCGAUAUCAAGUAGGCCGAGCAUGCGCUGCCGCCGGCAUGGACAGGCUGUAUGCUGAGCUCGACUUGCUGCCGGAUGUUUCCAUCGCCGAAGAGGCUCGUGAAAGUCUGACUCCUGGUGGGAAACUUAUUUACCGUCAAAUUAUGUCUGCACCACACAGAUACGCCAUCAUGGACGAUUACCAGAGGAGCAUCAACAUCGCCAAUCCUCCAUAUCCAGCCUAUCUGAACGGCGAUACAAAUGUCCGACGCAUGCUCAGCCACUGCCCACAUCCUGCAUUACAGCUGUAUGAUGAGUCGCAUAACAAACAUCGCUUAGAUCCACUCCCUUGCAUCACCGAGACUCAAUAUAUCAGGCGAGAUAUGAAUGACGAAGACGCUCCAGAUCAACUUCGCGAUGAUGAGGUCGAGCUUUUAUAUGCGCCCUUGCCACAAGACUUGCCUACUGUCAAUAAGACACUCCUCAUACACAUGGCUGCCUACCAUGGAGACAUAGACCGGUAUUCACGGCUCAUUCGGCGACCGCUUUACAUGAGUGAAGUGGAAUUCCUCUGCGUCGUGCGGGGCAUCUAUCACCAGCCAAUGUUUGCUCGUUUCUGGGCCACUCAGCUAGACAAGGACACCCAACUCGCAAAACGAGUCGGAGAGACAAAGCGCAAAGAGAUUCAGAUGGCAAUCUCUGCUCGAAGGAUCAUGUCAAAUGACCGGCAGGAGUUUGAGCACGGCUGGAGCCCGGACAAGCCUCCGCCAUUCUUGAUAUGGUGGCCCCAGAAGCCGCACCCAUUUACCCUGCUGGAUAUGUUCGACAGAGCGCCGUCUAUGAGGGAGACUGCGCUGGUGGCAUCCAUCAUGUGCGACUAUGAAGAAAACUUUUUGUGUAUGGACAUUCCGCCCACUAAUACCAUAUACUUGGCUGCGCGGAGGUCUAGCAACCCUAUAUACUUGGACAUGGUCACGAAAAGGGCACAAAACGCGGGUAUCGACGUGAAAACUUUUUCUUUCUUUGAUAGUGAACCUUUCUUUGACGACAAGGAAAUUUGCAUGCAGGAGCUUGAGCCACCUGAGGAUGGCGAAGUUCGUACCUAUCGACCGGACCGGGUUUCUACUACGGGAUCACAAGAUGUUUAUGAUGGAAGCAGGCUUUAUCAUGGUCUGCUGCAUAAGUAUAUAUGGCAUGUGCCAAUGAAGCCAGGGGAAUCCAGGCUAUAG